AUGUUGGCUGUACGUAGGUCGUCUACCAUACUCAAGCAAUCGGGAUGUUUUUUCAGUCCACUUGGGUUGGUCCAGAGGGACUAUCAUGGUGAUCCCGGACCUACCACUCGAUCCAAUCAAAAAGAAUUGAGAGCAGCAUUGAUAGCUUCGAAUUCAAGUUCACAAAGACAUCUACCCAAACAUCUUGCUCCUGCAAAUAGACAAAUACUAGAUACUUUACUAAAUGCUGAACCUCAAGAUACACCUAUACGUCCAAGAUCGUCGUCAAGGAACGUAUCAUUGCCACUCAGAUUACCAAAUUCAAGAUUCGAUAGAAAUCAAUAUACCGUAAAUCAAAAUCAAAUGCAACAGGUUGAAGAGAACCCUUAUACUACUUCAACGAAAUUGAAAAGAUGGAUUGAUAAAAUAUCAAGAAAUAACAACAAUAUAACAGAUUCACAAAUCGAACAAGCUAUUGAAAUCGUCACUAAAACGCAAAAUCAUUUGGUAAAUGCUCCUGUUUAUAAUAUCCUUUUAGGGUUCAUAGGGAAACAAAGAAGAUUGAAUAGGAUGUGGAGUUUGUACAACGAUAUGAAGAAAAGAGGGAUACGGCCAACAACGAGGACGUUUUCGACUCUUAUCAAUGCUUACGCUCGUAUCUCUCAUUCGGGAGAUACAUCUUUCGAGCAUGAUUUCAUGCCAGUAAAAGAUCUCACGCAUUCAAGAGUGACCAUUCUAUUCGAACAAUCUCAACAACAUAUCAAAAAAUGUAUGAUGGCUGAAUCUCAAGCAAAAGAGGAAAUCGGAGUAGCUUCAUUUACAGGCGAAAAAUUGUUCAAUGGCGAUAUUGCUAAUGGAAACGAGAAGACUGAAAAUCAAGAUGAGAUCAAUAUCUCACCUACGAACGCUUAUCUGAAGUAUUUGGGAAGACAUGGAUUAUGGGAAGAUAUGUAUAAAGUUUUCGUCGGAAUGGAUCAAUCAGGUCCCUUAUCACCUGAUACAGUGACUUACACCACCUUGUUAGCAAGUUUACAUAACAUACAUCUUGUAAGGAGUAGAUUAAGGAAAUCUCAACCUGCCUCAACUCAUACUCAAACUGGUGAAUCGACCAUCAAUCUCGAUCAAAUCCAAAUCGGUCCCAUCGCAAGAGGAAUCUGGGAUCAAUUGUCGAGACAAUUCGAUAAGUUACGCGAUCAUAAUGUUCAAGAUAAAGAUAGAAAAUUAGACAACGAAUUAUUCAGUCAUAUGUUAAGAUGUCUUGUAAAAGGAAGGUAUGAAGAUCAGAAAUUCGCUGUUAACCUGGUAUCUAAACUUUGGGGUUAUCCGCCACCUGGUCAAGCAACCCUAGCUUCCACUCAGGCUACUCCAGCUGGAGAUGAAAAGCCUGGAUUUCCUAGCAUCAAACCAAGUGUUCAAUCAGCUACAUCAUUAUUACAAGGAUUAUCAUCAUCUAAACAAACUGUUUUAUCAUCACAUUACGCAACUCUUUUCCUCUCAACACCAGAAAUCCAAUCAUCAGCCGAUCUCCAUUUCUUGAAAAGUGCAAUAUCAGCUUUAAGUGAAAGUGGUGAUAUCGGAGCUUGUAUUAACAUUUUAGACUCCUACCAACCUCCUUCAGGAAUUGAUGGUUGGGAUAUCCAAAUCUAUAAAAUGAUUUUACAAGGUUGUCGAUUUUCAAGUUCAAGUUCAUGUGGUGAUUUCAACACUGCUUUGGAGAUAUUCAAGAGGGCUGUCCAACUUCCUGAACACGCCGAGAACCAAUCACCAGGAAUCAAAACUCAAGAUUUGAGUAAAUCGUAUGAAUGGACAUCGCCUAAUGGUCAAUCAAAAGAUUCAAGAGGAGUUUCAUGGGUCAAACCAAAACCCAUUUCGCCGGAUACUGGGAUAUUAUCGAUACUCUUAAGGAUAUCAAUGUCGAAUAACAAUCCUACAACUUCGAUCAAACAGAUCCUGAAUAUCAUAAAUCAUUUUGGUGGUGAAAGACUCUUGAGUAUCUAUCCUGGAUCAACUAGGUCAGAUAGGUUCAGAGUUUCAGGUGAAGAAAAGAUGUUAAUUGAUCAUACACCCGACACGUUGGAAAUCAAAGAUAGUAAAAAAAGAGUUUUGGAGGAUCUGAUUGAUUUUGCUAAAAAUGUCAUUUUGGCAAUUGAGAAAUUAGGUGUUCAAUCUGCUGAAUAUAGAGAUAUGCAAAACAAGAUGCAAGUGAUAAUGGACGUUUGGUCGGGUGAGAUCAAAUCUUCAAGGAAAGGAUACACAAGGUCGAAUGAAGUGCAACGCCCCAGAGACGUUGAACGACAUGGAGCAGAAAGGGAGAGAUUGGUAGAAGUGAAUGAAUGGCAAGAUAUAGAAACUGAGUCACUGUCAAGACCGAGAAAGAUGGAGAGUUCAAACCCCGAUACAGGCAGAGAUAGGUAUAGAGGUGAAGGAACAGAGAGAAAUGAAAGACCGAGAUCUUUCGGUGGGGAUAGAGGUGCUCCGUAUCUUCAACGAAAAAGUAGGGAUUCCGAAGGAAACGGCAGACCAUACGAUGGGGAAAGACCUAGGAAAUACGACAGUCUUGAUAGAGGUAGUGAGGGAAACCUUGGAAGGGAAUAUGCCGACAGGAAGCCGAGAUCAGACCAACCAUUCGGACGAGGUUCCUUCGCUGAUCGCCCGCCAAGUGAUUCAUUCCGAAGCAAACCUAGAGAAGACCGAGCUUUCGGGGGGGACAAGUUCAACAGUGGAAGAUCCCAUGGGAGACACUUGAGUGAAGACGGUGCACAUGAAAGUGGACGGUCGUUCGAGAACAACUCAGUCCGAGAAGAGAAACCCAGAAGAGAAAGCUUUUCCUUUGGCGCAUCCGACCGAGGGGAUAAACCAAGAGCAGAAAGGUUCCCUGAUCGAGGUGCCCCCAGGAGAGAAAGGUCAUUUGGAAAUUCCAAUACUGAUCGGUCAUAUGAUAGAGAAAGACCUAGAAGAGAAGGGACGUUCAAGAAAGCGUCCUUCGGACUAAAGAAAUAA